AUGCUCACCAUCGACCCGACGUCCGUUUGCGACGUCUGCGGCGACCAAUAUGGCGUCGUCUGCCUCCCCUAUCUCAUUCCGUGUGGUCAUACGUUCUGCAGAAACUGCCUCGUCAGCAUCAACGACAAUAAUCCGAAGGGCGCUGCUUGUCCUCUGUGCCGUGAAGGGUUUAACAUCGAAUCCAUCUGCCUCGUCCGAGUGGAUCCUGCAGAUCCUCUUCCCAAACUCUCCUACGAGCACUUUCUCCCGUCGGACGACACCGACUCCGACCUGAGUGACCGUGUGCGCUCACCUUGGAAUCAAGAGGCCCGCAUCCGCGAAGAGGCCAGAGCCCUCGAGCUCCGAGUCUCCAAGGCUGCGUCAGUCAAGUGCACGUUUGAGGAAGUCUCUGAGCUCCGUGACGACAUCCAAAACUGGCUGCUCACCGAGCCAAAGUACAAACCGAAUGGAAAGAUAGAGUUUGGAGAUCCUGUGGCUCCUGGGCUCAGCACUGGCGUAAGCCCCCCAUCCCAGGUCUGCAUUCGGCCGGUGCUGGCCCACCUAGGGGCCCUUGAGGUUGGCUGGGCGAGUCAUUUGAACUGCCAAUGGCAGAUUCAGUACGCGCCAAUCCAGUCACCCCCAGUCCGAUUUACUCGCCUGUUCCCCGCCCUCCGACUGUCUGCAGCGCUUCUCCGCGCCAUUCUCCUCAAUUCUCUCGCCUACACAGAAUCGAGCAAGACCGCUCAGAUUAUGGAAAACGGUCUCCGGGAACGAAUCAAGGCCCUGGAGGCUCAACAAACCGUCCUCGAAGCCGAUGUUCGCCGUUGCAAGCAACAAUAUAGCGAGAAACAGCAUGAAUGCCUUCAAUUGCAAGCAGAAGUUGAACGCCUGCGCAAGGCUAGCCCAGGUGCCGCCGCUGCCUCGCGCCUCCAUUCUUCUCCUUUCCCUGGACCGGCGUCGCCGACCUCGCCCACGGCUCCUACUCCCGUCUCUUCCCCGCCACCGUCGCGGUAUGUUUCUUCCCCAGAGACGCAAAGCGCCAGACUUGCGCCUCCACGGUCUGUGACCACUUCGCCGACGCGCAUCAACCCUUAUGCGCCCACGUCGUUGCCUAGCAUUGCGAGCGCGACCUCGUCGCGAAGUAGCUCUGCUGCUUCUAGCGCAAGUUCGUCGCCUUCGCCUCAGCCAGCUCGCGAAUUCUUCACACCCCAGUCGGCUCGCCAGACGUCCCCUGCGCCUUCGCCAAUCCCUUACGCCACUCGCCCAACACCCAAGAGUGGCCUAGAGACAUUGAUGGCGCGCACUGCUGCGCAGUCUUCUGUCCCUCGGUCAAUGACCGCACCGCUUCCUCCCGGUGGGACACCACCUCCGAUCCGCAAUCAAACCCGUCCUCGCCCUAUCCAGACCCCUCGCCAACAAGCGUAUCCAAAGGUCUGGUUACCCAUGAUCGACGAUACCGAGGAUGCGUCUGCGGCCGAAAACACAUACACUUACUCGAACCUGGCUCGACAUGGCUCAAUGCUACGCACGCCUGCAACUCCUACGCCGACCUCUGUCCGUCGUUGA